AUGAGUGAUUUUUUAUGUUGUUGUAAUUUUAUUUUAUUUGGAUGCAAUCAUAAAAUCGGAAGAAUAGAAAAACCACAUGAUAAACCCCCUGAACAGGAGAAAUUUUCAUGUCCAAACUGUUUAAAAAUCACAAAAGCUGUUUAUUUUGCCAAAUACCCCUUAUUUGAGUGCUGUUUUAUUCCGUUAUGUUACACAUGUGGAAUACCUUCAUAUUAUAUGGGAUGUGAAAAUUGCCAAUUUGAAAUUGAUAUUAAUAAGUUUAUUAAAUGUUCUAUUUGUAGUUGUUUAAUAAUUAAAAAUUCUAAAUUUUGUAAUGAAUGUGGAUCAAGAAUUAUUGAAAAACGUCCAAUAACUACUCAAACUUCUAAUUUUAAUAAAGAUCAUAACAAACAAGAAGUGAAUAAGUCAACAGAAAAACAAUUUAAAACACCACAAGGAAUUUAA